AUGAACGUGGCAGACAUGCUGUCGAGCGCCGCCCAUUCCCUCGUGCCGAAGCAAUUGCCAGCCUGGCCCCUACGGUGCGAUGACCUCCAACUUCCCCGCCGUAUUCCAGUGAUCGCCUUUGGAACUGCACCCUUCUCGGUCGACACCGCACCCGGCGUCGGCGCCAUAAACCGAGACCUCAUUCGCAUAUGCAGCCGCGCCAUCGACGCAGGUCUCUUACACAUUGACUCCUCCGACAGCUACAAUACUGAGCGGGAGAUUGGCUACGCAAUCCGCGAGACUCUGAUUCCGAGGGACGACCUCUACCUCAGCUCCAAAGCCCAGCUGGACUGGGACCACAUUGAAGACUCCAUCGACCGGACGCUGGGGCACUUGGGCGUCAAGUGUCUGGAUCUGUACCUCCUCACCAUUCCCUCGGGAGCCCCGCGACCUUCCAAAGAGCAGAGCGAAGAAUUCGACUGGGUUCUUGAGUGUGCUGGUAUCACCCCUAUCGCCAACCAGCUGCAUUUCCACGACUACCUCAUGCACCGCGACAAGGGCUUUGUCUCGGCCAUGCAGCUGUUGGGCUGCCAGAUCAUGGUCUUUGAUAUUCUCAACACCGUCAGGAAAUUCAGGCGCUACCCCUUUGAUCAGCUGCUCGACAAGAUGGCCAGAAAGUACGACGCCCCGAGACAGAACCUUCUCUACAGCUGGGUCCUCUCUCGCGACCUUGUCGUCAUCACCUCGGACCAAGACCCCCACGGCAUGGACUGGCUCAUGCGCACACCCAACAUCAGAAUGCUUGCCCACGACCGCGAGUACCUCGCUAUGUUCGGCCUGUCCUACCUAGGCCCUUGGUGGAAUCCACGGAAGGAUGAUAUAAUUCCACAAUAUAUCGUCAAGCCGUUAGACUUUGGCUCUGGAACCCUUUCAGGCAGCAAUUUACCAAGUGUCACGAGCGAGGACUCGGCGGUUAAGGACUCAAAGGGCAAGGGACUUGCAGUGGACGACGAGGAACAGGGGACAGGGGGGAGAAGAGCAGAAGCCAGUCGACAAGGGCAAAGGAAUCCAAGUCGACAGCCCUGA